CACUCACCUCGCAACCUGUGCACGUAUUGUAGACUGACCGACUGUGUGUCUGCUCGCUCCUUCUGAGUGCACAGAGCUACGAGAGCCAGUCAGUUUAAUGGCACGAAUGAAAGGAAAUGAAAACCCGGACAUUUAUAUCACUUAAAAACAAAAAACCUAGACGACCAGGACAGGACGCAAAAAACGUUUGGUCACCCUCAGCGGCUAAAAUCUCACCCAAUGUUUUAACCAACUGUAAUGUUUUUGUUUUGUUUUUCAGUUACUUUGUUGGGAAGUCAUCAGGUGCAGAGUGGAUACAGCUGUGGGUAAACUUCAUAAGGCCAAGCACUGGCAUCUGAGAAACUAGGCUCUUCGGUUUCUGAACCACUUCGGACAGAUGCAAGUGGUGUUCCUAUUCCACUAAAGCCCUCACCUACUCCAUGUUCAACUGUUCCGUUUGGCUCUUACGAAUGAUGCACGGGUGGAUCCUUGGCGCUUGAAAUUGCUCACAAUGCACCACAAUUUCAUUUUUACGAACUAUAUUUAACCAGUAAAAUGUCUUUUAAUAAAAGAAAACUAAUUCUGCAAUAAAUGUAUAAUGUAAAUAUUUUGCUAUUACUAACAGCCACAUUACUGCAGAUAACACUAUUAUCUGAUCGAAUGGAUUCAAGGACAAAUAUAUUUGUAGAAGCAUUGGUAUUUAUUAAAGCUCAGUUUUAUCGCAUUUGAUUUGGUCACGUGACACGGUGCAGUCGUUUCCUCCGGAGUCUGUUCCAGGUGCUGUCCCAGGAGCUGUGAGCAGGACAAUUGGCUCUGUUUCGUAGGAACCGACUCUGGAGGAGUGCUACAAAGUGGUCUUUGGAGGAAGGAUCUUGGAAAUUGAGAAACACCCUAGGAGAUGUUUUUUUUUUCUUUUCAAGGCCAGUAGAAUAGAGGAUGGCCUUGAAUGUUUCCCUCUGUUUUGACCAAAAGAUUACAGCUCUUCAGACAGCUGAAAGACCUGAUAGUGUCCUUAGGCCCUGAUUUGUUAUUUAAACUAUGCAGCAAUCCCACUUACUUUUUUUUUCUACAUGAGUCAGCUGAAGGCACGCCGUUUCCUUUGUGAUGUUACGGAAGAAGUGAAACUAAACUGAAGCCCGCCUUUUUUUAUUUUGAAAGGACUGUUUAUGUUGAACAUGGAGAAGAGUUACACACAGAGGAGCGGUGUUUUUGAGCGAGCAGGGGCUGAUCUGUGCUCCAAACAUGACAAUCCUCUGAACACUUAUUGCUGUACAGACGAGCAGGUCGUCUGUGUGACCUGUGCCUCUUUAGAGCACAAAGGACACACCUUUGUCCUGGUGAGGGAAGAACGCCGGAGAAAACAGAAUGAGGUGAAGAAGCUAAAGCAGAGAUACCAGGAGCUUCUGAGUACAAAGACCCAUGUCCAGGAAAAGGCCAGGGAGACAGAGGAUUUCUGUGAGGCUGUCCUGACCAGAGUCAUUGACCUUCUGCAAACCCAAUACAUGUCCCUGCGACAGUGGAUCCAAGCCCAAGAGACGGCAGCACUGAGCACAGUACAGAAGCAGGGGGCUGCAGAAGUGAAGAGGAAGUGUGCACAGCUCGACCGCCUGACUCACCUUGACAGUGAUGUCCACUUCCUGCGGGACUGGCCUUCUGUGUAUCAGCUCUGUGAGAAAGACUUGACAGAGUUUACAGACAGUCUAUACCUGCCCUUUAAGUUGCUACAAAAAGCUGUUGGCUCUCUUGGGAAUCAGCUGGAGGAGUUCUGCAACAAAAGAUUUACUACAAUAAAGAAUGCCAAUCGAUUUGAUCAUCAGGUAUUGGGGACAGAGGAAGAUGAUGUUCAGCAAACUGACAUAGAUUCUCAUGGUCAUAAAAAAUCUGAUGAAAUGGCACUAGAUGAUUACAUGAAGCCCCUUGGCGAUUCAUAUGAUGAUGAUGAAGUUACCAGCGCAGUGACUGCAAACCUCAAAACCAGGGCAGACUUUUUACAAUAUGCAUGUGACCUCAGGUUAGACCCCAGCACAGCUCAUGAGGACUUGCUUGUAUCCAGAGAUCUCAAAGAGGUGAGGCUGGCUCCCAAGAGUGCUCGAGGCCCUGCUGUGCGCUACCCUGAACGCUUCCUUAACAGGCGGCAGCUGUUGUGCAAAGAGGGACUGCAGGCCGAUUGCUGCUACUAUGAAGUUGAAGUUACUGGGGGCAAAACUGAGAUUGCUCUGGCUUAUAAGGUCAUAGACCGAAAGUCGUUUAAAAAGUCUGCUUUUGGUGGGAAUGCCAACUCCUGGAGCUUGGACUGUACUCCCACACACUACUCUGUGAGCCACAGAGGGAACAGUGUGCAGCUCACUUCUGUCCCAGAGCAAAACCGCAUUGGGGUGUAUCUGAAGUUCAUAGAGGGGACUGUGUCCUUCUAUGAGGUCUCUGACACAAUGAAGUUUCUCUACACUACAGAAGGUCACUUUAUUGAGCCGCUGUAUCCAGGAUUCUGGAUUGGAGAGAACUGUUGCAUAAAGAUCUGUGACCUUACAAAUGAUUGGGGUCAAUCCUAAUGAAAACAAGAGUAAUGCAAGUUUACAUUUCGCAUUGUUUUUCUCUUUUUCUUGGUCAGAAUAUAUUUCUUACAUUACCGAAUAAUGUACUAAUUGUGAUUGUGAUUGUGUGCUAUUACAAAUAAGUAAUUUGUAAAGGUAAUUCGACCAAAACACAAAUGCAUUCAACGCAAAUUUUACAACAAUCAUUUACGUGAGUAAUUUUCCAAUAAAACACUUUGUUUAUCAAUACAA